GGGGGUGUUCUCCAGCUUUAAAAAGCCAGCAGACACACUCAGCUCUGCGUCAGAGAGAGACUUGGAGACUUUACCUAACACCAACCCCGGGCACUCACUCCCUCCCUCACCCACACUGAUACACGUGCCAAUGCCAGAGCUGUCACCUGUCUGCAGGACUCCGCACUGCCCCGCACUCUGCUCCUACCCUUCAGCUGGAGGAUACCAGGGCACCGCCAGCAGCACAGCCUUGCUCCGACCACCAAGUGGAUGCCACGCACCAGUGUAGCAGCUGCCGCUCCUUGCAGUCUUCCCCUCGGUCCGCUGCUGCCAGCCCGCGCCAGAGACACUGUGGAGUUCCAGCCCUUCUUCCCAUUCAUCAUGAAGUCGGCGGAGGAAGAAAACUAUAACUAUGCAUCUUCCAAUUUAAGUGCCAGCCUAUCACUGGGUGUGAUGAACUCUUCAUUAUCAACUUCAUGCCAUGGUGUUCAGUCAUCAAACCCAAUCAUUUCCAUUAUUCCAUCAGCAAGUAAUUUAUCUGGAUAUGGAGGGAAUCCUGAGAAUGAAGCCUCUGGAUACUACUUAUCUCCGAAUGUAAGACCUAAUGGAGCACCAUUAGAAAGUCCUAGAAUUGAAAUCACUUCUUGUCUGGGGAUUCAUAGUGGCAAUAACCAGUUUUUUCAUGAAGGUGAUGUGGAAGAAUCCAUACCUAAACGAACACUUUCUACUGCUACGUUGAACUUACCAAAUGUUGACACCUAUCGAGACCCUUCUUGCUUGAGUCCAGCAAGCAGUUUGUCUUCCAGAAGCUGCAACUCAGAAGCUUCCUCUUUUGAAUCAAAUUAUUCUUAUCCAUAUACUUCCCCUCAGACCUCUCCAUGGCAGUCACCUUGUGUGUCCCCCAAAACCACUGAGCCAGAUGAAAGCUAUCACAGAAAUAUGGUGGCCUGUAAUUUGGUAAAUUCACCAAGGCAUUCCCCAUCUACAUCUCCCAGGACAAGUAUUCCAGAGGAAAAUUGGCUCACUGCUCCAAACUCACGCCCUACAUCUCCAUUCAAAAGAAAGUAUAACAUUAAUGGAAGGCAGACCUCUUACUCGCCACACCACUCCCCUACUCCAUCUCCUCACAAUUCCCCCAGAGUUAGCAUCACCGAGGAGACCUGGCUAGGGAACACUCACCAGUAUACAAAUUCGGCUAUUGUGGCAGCUAUUAAUGCUCUUACCACUGACCCCAUAGAUAUGAAUGAUGGCAUUCCAAUUAAAUCCAGGAAAACAGCACUAGAUCACACCCCAACCAUGGCUCUAAAAAGAGAGCCCAUUUGUGAUGACCAUGACACUCUGUCGCUAGCCACUGAUUUGCCAUCAGAAGACUUCUAUCACAUCAGGAAAACGAUGUCUUGUGAUCAAUAUUUGUCAGUACCACAGCAUCCUUAUCACUGGGCCAAACCAAAGAACAUUUCCCCAACAUCCUAUAUGAGCCCCUCUCUGCCUGCCCUUGAUUGGCAUCUGCCGUCGCAAUCUGGACCUUAUGAACUUCGCAUUGAAGUGCAGCCCAAAUCUCAUCACAGAGCUCACUAUGAGACGGAAGGAAGCCGUGGGGCGGUGAAGGCAUCUACUGGUGGACACCCCAUUGUGCAGCUACACGGGUAUUUAGAAAGCGAGCCACUUACCAUCCAGCUGUUCAUCGGCACGGCAGAUGAUCGCCUGCUGCGACCUCAUGCCUUCUAUCAAGUCCACCGCAUCACCGGCAAGACUGUAUCCACCACAAGCCAUGAAACCAUCAUCUCCAACACCAAAGUCUUGGAAAUCCCACUGUUGCCUGAGAACAGUAUGAAAGCCAUCAUUGAUUGCGCAGGUAUAUUAAAGCUGCGCAAUUCUGACAUUGAGUUGCGGAAGGGGGAGACUGACAUUGGAAGAAAGAACACCAGGGUGCGACUGGUGUUCCGUGUACACAUUCCACAAGCCAACGGGAGGACUCUGACUCUUCAAGCGGCAUCCAAUCCAAUUGAGUGUUCCCAGCGUUCUGCUCAAGAAUUGCCUUUGGUUGAAAAGCAGAGUAUUGACAGCUUCCCAGUGAGUGGUGGGAAGAAAAUGAUUGUGACUGGGCACAACUUCCAUCAAGAUUCCAAAGUCAUAUUUGUUGAGAAAGCACCAGAUGGUCAUCAUGUAUGGGAGAUGGAAGCCAAAACAGACAAGGAAAUGUUCAAGUCUAACUCACUAGUUGUGGAAAUCCCACCAUUUCGCAAUCAAAGAAUAUCCAGCCCAGUUCAAGUCAAUUUUUACGUCUGCAAUGGGAAGAGGAAACGAAGCCAGUACCAGCAAUUCACCUAUCUGCCAGCCAAUGUUCCAAUUAUAAAAACAGAGCCCACUGAUGACUAUGAGUCAGCUCAAACCUGUGGCCCAAUGAACCAAGGAUUAACGCAACUCUCCAAGCCAUACUACAGCCAGCAGAUUUUGAUGCCCUCUGAUCCUGGUUCGUGCCUUGUGUCUGGCUUCACGUCCUGUCAGCAGAGAAACACUGUGAUGUCAUCGUCUCCAAACUCAAGCCCCAAACUCCAUGACCUUUCAUCAUCUUCUUCAUAUAACAAAUGCAUCUCGAAUCCUGGUCACUCUCAGCUAGGACUUCAGCAGCCCACUGGAGGUGUCCCCAUCAUACAGGAAGUGCCACGGUCUAUAGUUGUGCACCCAAGUUCACCCGAACAGUCAUCCCACAUCAUGCUGCAGCCGCAGGUGAGUCUCCAUCAGAGCAGUAGCUGUCCCUUUGGUUUUCAACAAACAGUCUAUCCCAACAGUCCCUCUUCUCCAGUUCCAUCUAUUACCCAAGAGCCAUCCUAUUUGCAGCCCUGCAGUCCAACUCACUCAUCAGUAAUGGGCCAACAGCAGCACCAACAACAGAAGGUUCAGAGAAAUGAAUCUCCAACCACUCAACCUCUGUCACUGCCAGAGUUGCAUGAGGACAGUAAUCAUAAUUUGGCCCCUAUUCCAGUAACCAUCAAGUGUGAGCCUGAGGAAUUGGAUCAGUUGUACUUGGAUGAUGUAAAUGAGAUCAUAAGGAAUGACUUGUCCAGCAACAAUGUUCACACAUAGCUCUGACAAUCCUGGACUUAUCAGAAAGACAUCUGUCCCCUAUCUGCCCUAAAGUGAAGACUGGAUUGGACUCGUCACCAGGCCCUUUCUUCAUAUUAUGGAGAUUCUAUGUCCUCCAAGGCAGAUGUGUUUAGUCUUCAGCAGAAUGAUCAUCUCAAGAAAAAAAAAUAUGAAAAUGAAAAAAACAUUCUAUGUAUUAUAUGGAAUCUAACUGAAAUACUUGACAAAACUGAAGGCAGGGAACCAC